CGGAGGCAGCGGCUAUUUCCACUUCCGGCGGCGGUGCCGUGCGGUGCUGGGUUGCGCUGCGUCUCUCGGGCUCCGGUUCCGGCCUGGUGAGGUCUAUCGGAACCACCUCGAGGGGGUGGCUGUGUGGAGAACAGGCCUGGCUGGGCCUAGCGGGUUGCUGUGUGUAGGCCCGAGGCUGUGCCAUGCCGGAGGGCCCUGCGGGGGGAUGCCAUUCCUGCACGGCUUCCGUAGGAUCACCCUGGAGUACCAGCCCAUGGUGGAUGAGAUCCUGGCGCUGCUGACACUGCGGGACGAUGGAGGGAAGGAUGAGAUGGAAAGCCACACCUGCCUGGGGAGCAAUGGAGGCCAGCUCUCAGCAAUGAGACAAGUCUUGCAGAGGGAAGCCCACUCCCCAUUCUACCAGGAAGGUGUGAGUUAUACCCUGCUGAAGGUCACUGAGCUGGGGCUCGUCCAGGCUGCAGAAGUACUGCUGGAGUUUGGUGCAGACCUCAGCUUUGAAGACCCAGUUACCUACUACACCCCGCUGCACAUUGCAGUGCUUCGCAACCAGCCUGACAUGGUGGAGCUCCUGGCGCGUCACGGGGCUGACAUCAACCGCAGAGACCGGAUCCAUGAGAGCAGUCCCCUUGAUCUGGCCAGCGAGGAGCCUGAGCGGCUGCCAUGCCUCCAGAGACUGCUUCAGCUUGGGGCUGACGUCAACGCAGCUGACAAAACCGGAAAGACGGCAUUGUUGCACGCCUUGUUGCACUGUUAUUGCAGCAGUGAUGUCGUCCAGAUCCACAACACAGAGAGCAUCCGUCUGCUGCUGGAAGGAGGUGCAGAUGCCAGGGCUACCACUGAAGAUGGAGACACUGUCUUCACCUACAUCAUCUUCCUACUGGGUGACAUAGUCUUGGCCAGCACAGAGGCCGAGGUACAGAAUCGUUUCUGCAUUCGUGUCAUGCAGCUGCUCAUGGCCCACGGUGCCAACCCCAGUGAGUGCCCAUCCCUCGAGUCCUUCACCUACCGCUGCCUCCAGAACUUCACGUGCCACUUCCCACUGCUGCGUUUCCUGCUGGAGUCAGGUGCUGCCUACAACUGUUCCCUCCAUGGUCCCUCAUGCUGGUCAGGCUUCCAAACUGUUUUUGACUGCCUCUGCUCUCACGUCAGUAUCCUCAAAGACAGCAGCAUCUCUACAGAGGUCAUCCAAAUGGGUCAGACUCUGCUGGAGCUCAUGAUGGCCAGUUCACAAACCAUCCAGCUGCCCAGUGACUUUAAGGUCGACGUUAACAGCUGCAGGUACCACGAGGAAAAGAUCAGGACUCUGUUCUGCUCCGUGAAGCAGCUGGAGCACACCCCACAGGCACUGAAACAUCUCUGCAGGGUGUCCAUCCGCCAGUGCCUUAGGCCUUGGCCAAUAGAUGUAAAAAUCAAGGCUCUACCUCUUCCAGACAGGCUGAAGUGGUACCUCCUCAUUGACCACACUGCUGUUGGGCAUGAGGACCUCAGCCUGACCGAUGACUCUCCAUCUCCUCAUUCUGUGGUCGCAGUGCCUCCAGACAGUCAGCAAAUCACUGCUCUGCACCCGUUAUCUCUGCAGUGAGAGGUACUGCUUGUCCCUGUGCCAAUGACUCGACCAAUUCUGCCUGUGGUGUCUCUGCUGAUUUUUCAGGGGUGUCUUUUAUUGUGCACACUGCUGCAUGCUCGUCUGUGGAGGUCUCGUGGCUUUAAAAUAUAUUGCAGGGAGGUGAGCAGAGCCUGGGAGGGCUCAUGGGCAGUGCGGAGUUGGACACUGCACAAAGGUGGUGGUUUAAAAGGUGGAUCCACCUUUGCAAGGUGAAAAAGAUUUGUAAGAAAAGGGGGGAGGAGGAUGCUGUGACUGUACAGGUCUCUGCUCUGGCUGCAGGGUGGGUGAAGCAGUGCCAUGAGUGAGUGGCAGCCCGGUGAGAUGCCUCAGGAUGCUGAGAGAUGUUGGCUGUCCCAGCAGCAGAGCAGCAACGUGAAGAGGAAUGUUGGCAUCUGUGCCCUCGUGUUCAGUCAGUGGAAGCAGCCACAGUCCUGUAUCUCUGCCUGGAUGUGGGUGCCUUCCUCACUCACCUGGGAUUCCAAAACCAGGAACAUGGAGGGGAUGAGGGGAAGCAGGUUUAGCAACAGCAGCCUGACUGAAUCCACUCAGCACAGAGCACUGUCUACAAAGGGUGCCUCAGCAAUGCUGGACUCCAAAGCAAGCAGACCAGUGGCUGUUCCUUGGUCUGUCCUUGUGCAAGGCUGAGGAAUGGGCAGUUAUCUCCUUGCUUUUCCCUGUUCCUCUUAUCUGCUUCUCUUUCUUUUGGUGAUUGCAUGUUGAACUUUGAUCUCCGGUGCCUCUUUCCCAGGGGAAGGAAAUAGCAGCAGGGCUGCAAUGGGAGUUUUCUUGCCAAGCUGCUACUGGAAGCCCCAACUUUUGGGGCUCUGCAGGAAGGUCCCAACCUGUCACAUCCAUCUGGCUCCCCCAAGGAGGCAUCUGCUUCCUUGUGAGGUGCAAAAGAUGCUGUAAAGCUGAGAGCCCCUCCACGUUUCUGUUGGUUUUGUUUGUUGUGAGGAACAGAUGCAUUAGAGGAAGAAAUGUGCUCUGAGCUGAUAUUUAUAGCAAGUGGAUCCAGGAUCCACAGGCAGUUGGUUGAAGAAGUUGUCUCACCACAUUGCCCCUCAUGGCAGCAUCUGUUUUUCACCUUUUCCCACUGUGUGGAAUUGGAGCUGUGCAUCUUGAUGACUCCAUGUUUUGGGGGAAAAAAAAAACAAUCCAAUAAAAUAAUGUGAUAAAAUACUCCUGGAAUGGAAAACGAGCAAUUAAAUGAGGCCUUUGAAAUAGCA